AAUCUGAAGAUGCAGGCUAGGCACUACAGAACCUUGAGCAACAUGUACAAUAAGCCCAAUGCAAAACCCAAUCACAACGAUGUUGCUCAACUUUUGGACCUUGAGUUUGAGGCCAGACGGGCUUUUAUUGAUGCAGAUGUUACAAGGGAAGAAGACCGACCUGCAAAAAUCUUUGAGGCAUAUCCAUGCUUCAAAGAUGUUCGAAAUGCAAUGGAUGAGCUGCGGCGCAUAGUAGGUGGCACCAACAGCAGAUAUGUCGAGGAAGUCAAAGGAAGAUGGGCAGACUUUUGUGCCAAGGUACAGUUCUAUGGUGUGUGGAAGAAAGCCCUGAAACCCCCUUUCCCUUUGGAUGUCCGUGGAGUGGAGUUCACACUCGCCCUCUUCAAUGCACUCCCAUCCCUUUUCCCCUCACCAACUUCACCACCAAAGAAGCUUGGAAAUAGCUGUGAGGCACUUCUUCAUAUCCUGAAGUCAGGCGAAGACCCUGGCCUGUACCUGGAGAAGCGUCCUCUCUCCUCCCCAGUUCUGCUUUCUGAUGGAUCAACCACCAUCGUGGCUGUGGGUAACGUACCCGUGACCACCCUCCCGCAGGAAGAUUUCUCAGAUGGGAUGUUGGUGUUAAUGGCAUACUACUACACUUUGCACUUAACCUAUCCAAAAUGUGUUGCAACACUCCUCUCUGUUAUUCAAACAGAGGUAAUUGGUGACACAAUCCACGAUCAAGAUGCCACUAGUGCAUACAAGAAAGCAAUGGCUGAUUGGAAAUCUUUCAUUGAGAAGUAGCUGAAUGUCGAGGAGUAUUUUGUCCUGUCAGUUGUUCUUGUUAUUGUUAGUUGUGCCUACAAUAGUUUUAUGUAUUCCGAAAGCUUAUUACAGUGUCCCUUAGUUAUUUGCCUAAAUUACUCAGGGGUUCCAGUACUAGGGCUGCUCCCGAUUAGUCGACUAAUCAGUCGUUUUGGUCUUAGUCAACUUAGA